CGCCCUUUCAAUCGUCCUUUUUAACUAUACGUGAAUCACAGUUAACUAUGCGUCGCUCAUAUAAUCACUGAUUAUUAUUCGUAUCUUAUUCCACUUGUGGUGUGACUUAUCUGCAAAACCUAACAACAUUUUAAUCACUAAAACAAAAAUUUCGUCAUUCCAUGCCUUCGUCUUCUCCAUCGAUGGACGAGUCUCGAAGGUCUGCUGUUCCACCAAAAGAGCCUGCUGGCAGAAUUUGCACAGUUUGCUCCGACCGUGCAAAUGGAUACAAUUUUGGUGUACUCACUUGCGAAUCUUGUAAGGCGUUUUUCAGGCGAAAUGCUUCAAAGCAUAAGGAAAUUAAAUGUCCUUUCUCUGAUUCUUGUCAAAUCACAUCAGCAUCUCGCAAGUUUUGCCAAGCUUGUCGAUUGAAUAAAUGUUUUGCUGUUGGAAUGAACAGUGAAUGGUUAAAUGAUUUGAAACCGAAGAGUUCAAUUGUUUCUGGAAAAUUCAAAAGAAAGAAGCCUGAUAUGAAGAAUAACUUGAAAGUGGAAGUAGAUGAUACUGAAGAAGAUUUGGAAAAUGAUGAUGAAGAACAAAUUAGUGUCCCCAAAGCAUUACUUGAAAAGCUUAUCAAUAAAGCUAAUGAAAAAUCAAAAGACAGAUGUACAUGCAAAUGCCAGUGUGGAUUCUAUCCAAUUACUCAAAGACUCACCGCAUACGAACCAAAGGAUACAACAGCUAACAGUCCACAAGAUAUAUCAUUCUCCCAUCAUCUUCAUCAUUCGGAUUCGUUUUAUUCUUCAUCUACUUCAACUCUUUCUCCAAUGUCGGUUAUCAGUUGUGCUCCAUCUUCACAUGAUUCCAGUGGUUACAAUACUUCUCAACUUGUUACUCAAUCUCCAACCAACUACACAGUUUCUCCGGCGUCUAUACCGAGCUCAAUAACUGAACUGUCUCCACAAAUGCCAUCGCAAUAUCCUCCAAUGUUAUCACCAUUUCAAUUUGGUGUUAUGGCCCAAAUGGCUGCGCCAGCCAACUUUUUGAAUUUUCCUCCAAUGCCUGAAAGAACAUGGACUCCAAUUCAAGCAGUGUCCACAGUUCCAGUAACUGAAACUCUACCUCCAAAUUUGCUAGAACAAAUUCAUUCAAAGAUUGACAAAUACAUUGGAGUUUUGAAUGAAGACGAGAUAACUCUUUUAGAAGAACUUCAUGUACAAAAUGAGCCAUUAAAUGCUCCACUAAUUCAAUGGCACAAUCCGAAAAGCAUUGAUGGAGUUUUUAGAAUAAUAGAAGAAGCUCUACGAAGGAUUGUUAACAUGGCAUGCCAAUUAAGUCUAUUCCGAGAGCUUCACGUGGACGAUAGGAAAAAUCUCUUGAAAAGUGGAUUUGGGGAGUUGUUGAUUGUGCGGGGUCUUAUGGCCUAUGACAAGAGUGAUAACAGCUGGAAUCAUUCAUUUGGAGUACGAGGAAAAAUGGAGGUAAAGGUGGAAGUUCUUAAGAAUCCAAAACUUGAAGAACAUUACAAAGCACACAUGAACUUGCUUUCAACGUUUGGAGAAGAUGUGAGGAAUAAUGAACAUUUGAUGCUCAUUUUCAAUGCAGCUGUUAUAUUUCAUCCUCAUGUCUCCAACUUACGUGAUAGUAAACGAGUGCACUCAACACAAGCAAAAUAUUUCCAGAUGCUCUUGAAACUUCUUACAUUUGAAUAUGGUAAAUCACGUGCUGACAUUGCAUACAGUAAUCUUCUGAAUCAAGUCGUCGAGCUUCAUCGUGUGAAUAGGACCUUACUUCGUGUGUUUUAUGGACUAGAUAUUGCUCAAUUGGAUCCUCUGAUACGAGAAUUAUGUUCUUUUGAAUAACCAUUUAUUAACCAUGAAUUAUUGCACAUAUUGCACACUUA